AAUUUGAGGCGACUAGCUUGAAUCGCAAACCAGAAGCAAUCGGAAGGAUAAAAUGCGAUCAUCUUCAACAAAGCAGCUUGCAGAGAACAAUCGAGGUUUGAACGGCCGAUUCUUCACCCUCCAUAGCCGUCUUUAUAAUGCUUUGGGCCUCGGUCUCAGAAAUGAUGAGGGAGGACGGAGAUGGUGUUGUACGGAUGUUGAGACACAGAGGCAUGUUGUUCGCUCCAUUGAUGCUUUUCUCGAUUGUAUAUCCAGUGACACAUCACAACACCCUUUGAUAAAGGAAUCAGUUGCUGAUAUUGUUCCUGCAUUGGGAACUACACUUCUUCAGAAAAAUGAAGCAGUGAUGAAGUUGGCUUCAAAGGUGUUUGUGAAAAUGGUCAAUGUUAUACCUAAUUCAAUUAUUGAAUCUUGUGUAUUGGAUGUGGUCCAUCCUGUAUCAUCUUCUUUGUCUUCCUGUCAUGUACCAGUGGUUAUUUCAUGCUCCACUGCUUUGAAUUUGAUCCUGUCAUAUUUAAGUUCUAAGAGAGACAGAGAAGUAUGGAAAGUCUUGGAGGAAACAGAGACAAUUGAUAAUAUCAUCCACCAUAUACGGUGUGGUGGGAGCAAGCCAGCUGAGUUCUUCUUGGAGACAAUCUCUCUUUUGAGUAAAAUACUGUGGCGCUGGCCUUCCUCUAGAUUUUGUGUUUGGAAUGACGAUGGGUUGCUGGAAGUAUUAGGUUCUCUCAGCCUUGAGCCUAUUCUCUCUGUGAGGGCUGCAGUUCUACAGUUGUAUUCAACCAUAGCUUUAUGUAGUAAUGGAGCUAAGAAGCUUUUAGAUAGUGGAAAACCCCCUUUAAGACUGAUGGUGGAAAGCAUGGAUAGCUUGAACCCUAAUUUCCUACAGCUGGCUGGAUUUACACUGGCUGAAUGUUUUGCGGCAAAUGAAGAAGGGCGAUUAAAAAUGAUUGAAUCAUAUUGUGAGCCAUUAGUCAAAGCCAUCAUACAUGGAUUGAGCAACUGGAGCUUGCAUUCAGGGAAGCUUUCGAAAGACCAGAUGUCCUUGAUUAAGGGUGCAUGUUGUGUGUCCAAGAUCAUUUGUUGGCCAGGGAAGCAUCACAGUUACUUUUGGAAACUAGGAAUCGAAAGUGUUCUCCUUAAGUUAUUCAUAGAUGAUUUCCACAUCAAACUACUGUCCCAUCAGUUUUUGUCAUCAGAGGAACUGGAAGCCAUAGCACGAGAUUGUUUAAGUGCUAACUUUCUACCUGUACUCAAGCCUCAUGUGUGGGAUAUUCUUGGAGGGCUUGCGGCAAAUUGUGCAGAAGAUUUCAAUGUUCAGAUGCUUAAGAGUGAACGUCACCUUAACUUCCUCAUCACAUGUGCGUGUUUAGGCUUUGUGGAUUCAUUUCGUUCGACCCGUCAGAGUUGCCAAAAUGCUGUAAAUGAACCAGUAUCUAGAGCCGUUCUGUUGAUGAUUUAUUCCCCUUCCAAGUACAUUGCAUCCGAGGCCAAAUCCGUACUAUCUGGACUGUUGAAGCUAAACGCCAAGGAGGAUAUCAAGUACAUAUUGAAUACCCUCAAUGCUACAUCAUCGGGUAUCUACUAUCCAGUGUCUAAUAAUCUUCAAGUGAUAAACCUGAUAAGUCUGGCAUGUUAUUCGGGUCUACCUCAAUAUCGUAGGUAUGUUUUGAAAAAUCAAGGGAUAAAGAUAUUGUUCUCUUUCGUACAAAACUUGUCAAGAAAUCACGUCCAUACAGAAAGGAUGAAUACGUCACUUCAUUUUUGUGACCAUAACAUGAAGAUGUGUUGCUAUGAGUGCGAAGAAGAUUGGCAAGGCGAAGAAAUGUUUUUGCUUUUCGGUUUGUUGGGGCUGGCUGAAUUGGUACACCAUCUUGGUUCAAUGAAAGGUCACGUUGACUGGUUUGUGAAGCAGUUUGAGUUCACCGAGGCUCAAAUAAUAACUAAAGUGCAGGAGAUCUGCAUCAACUCCUGUGCUUCUGGACCAAGAUGGUAUGGCUCUUAUCUUCUUAGCUAUUUUGGAUUUUAUGGCUUUCCAUCAAAACUUGGCAAUAUGAUUGGCAACGUUUUCAGUGAAGAUGAACAUACAAAUUUGACGCUGAUUCUUGCUAACCAGGAGCAUGUUAAUGCUCAUGGUGUCAUUGUAAGAGUUCGUUGUCCAUCUCUCUUGCCUAGUAGGGAAUUACCAUUGGAAGCGAAAACUUCUACCGGUCAUUUUGGAGGAAGAGAAGUUCGGCUCUCUGCCCAUGUCAAUCACCAAGCGUUACUGAAGUUGUUGGAAUAUGUAUACUCAGGACAUUUGAGGGCAGGAGAAGAUCUUGUGAAGAGAUUGAGAACAUUGGCUAAGCAUUGUAAUUUGCAGCCCCUAUUGCAAAUGCUUUGCAGAAAUCGUCCCAAAUGGAGAACACCUGUUCCAAGCUUUGACCUUACCUCUGCUCUUGGACCAAAUGGUUUCCAUUUCUCGGACAUCAUCCUUGAAGCAAAGGGUGAUAAAUUUGAGGACUGGAUGUGUGAAGCAUGCUCUCUAUUACAACCACACUUACAUGCUCACAAGGUUAUUUUGUGUGCAAGUUGUGACCACAUGCGUGCUUUACUUUGUUCUGGGAUGCAGGAAAGCCAGUCGGAGAGUAUAAAGGUUGAUCUUGGUUGGGAAGCAUUGGUUAGACUAGUUAACUGGUUUUACUCUGGCAAGCUACUGCCAAAGCCCAAAUAUGGUUGUUUAUGGCAUAAUUUAAACGAAAAAGAGAAAUUUGAUGAAGUGAUUCCAUAUGUGGAGCUUUACUGCCUGUCAGAUAGUUGGCUUCUCGAAGACCUUCACAAGGAAUGCUCAAGAGUAAUUGCAGCUUGCCUGGAUUCGGUUAACAUGGCAAUCAAGAUAAUCCAAAUUGCUGCUGUUUGCUUCCAGUGGGAUUUGGUGGAUUUGGCAGCCAAAUUUAUAGCCCCCCACUAUCAUCGUCUCCGUAAUUCUGGAGAUCUUCUUGAACUUCAUGAAGAACUUGUGGAUGUAAUACGUGUUGCAUCUGUUAGACUUUCUCAACGGAGUGAUCAUAUAUGAUUUAUAAGAAGUAUAUGUUGGCUGAUGGUCAGUGUUCUUUAUACCAGUUUGUUGAUGACACACAAGUAACAUAAAAUGGAGGUCAAAUGUUGGGGUAUAAUAUAGAGGGACGAGGGGUGGUGUAUGUAGAUAAAAAUGUUAUAGUCGCAGGGUUGCCAUAUAGAGAGGUAAAGAUUAUAGAGUUUUCACCUUCUUUCUUUCUUAACUUUUUCUAAGGAUUUUAAGGCUGCCCUUUGAAUCACAACGGUUUACAAACAAAUGUGCCAACUGAAACAUAUUACUAGGUGAUCAUUAUUGGGAGAUUUCAGUUUCUAUGCUCCAAUGUUACACUCUUCACUCCAAUGUUGCACUCUCCCAAAAAUAUGUUUGUCUUCCACGAACUACCAAAAUACCCCUCCUUUUGUAAUUUAUUUACUUUCCCUUCCUCUCAUUUCCCAUUUUUCAUCAAUUCUUUCCUCUCUCAUUGCCUCUUUGUCAAGAAUAAUAGAUCUGACUGUACUUGGUCUAGGUGGAGCUACACACAACAUUCGUAUCAAGUUUGAAAAUUUUGUGAUCUUUUCCGCAUAUUCUGACUGUAAACAACUUUGCCCGAACUGGGAUCUGUUUGUGUAGAUAUUUGUUGCGAUCUUUCAACAUUACUUCCAAUCUUGUCUUUUUGAAGUAAAUAAUAUUUAUACACGGCAAAUGAACUCACGCAGCCACCUCACCUUUGGUGAGGUUUGAACUCGUGACCUCUUGAGAGGUAUAACCCAGUUACCGCUAGGCCAAAGGCCCUUUUGUACUUCCAAUCAAGUUCUUCUAAAAACAAAUAUACCUCUAUAUUUUGAAAAAGAGGUGAGGGAGAGAGACCAGUAAAUUGCUCACUACAUUUGAGAGACUGAUAAAUUGCUCAGGGAGGUGGCCGUAGAUGUGGAGUUACACCUCUCAUGCAAAAUUUCCAACUGUUGAUGCAUAUUGUACAGUAAUGAAGCAUCAACGUUAAAAAGGGGCUAGCCAAAAGGAGAAGGUUUUGCAAAUAUUUGAAGGGUGGAGUCAUAGAGACUAGAGAGACUGACCAAUUUGUCUUUUUCUGCAGGGUUAAUAUUACUAAGAACUUACAAAGCAAUUUACGAAGGUUUUCAUUACAAAGAUAUUUACAAAGCAAUAUACGAAGAUAUUUUCGGCACCGACGUCAAAAUCAUACUGACAGACAUGCGGCCCUCUGGCGAGUCUGCAAGCUCCGAGAAUUUGACAUGGUUAAAUAUUACAAUGGUCGUCUAUUCAGACGGUUCAGAAGGAUUUUACUGCAGACAGGGAUGGAAAUCAGAGAAGUUAAACUCACAAUGCAGUUUUAUUGAUGGUUAAUAUGUGCAGUGCACAAAACUACUGGAAGAGAUCCUUGAGCAGUGAAAGGUCCAAAAACUCGUAGAACAUGACCGAUUCGGUUGGUAGAUUUUAUCAAGGUCAUGUUUUCUUAUGAACCUCCUGUUUAGCGGUCCGAGGCGUACGGCCCAACCAGCCUAACAGAGGCGCUGCUUUAGAGUCGUUUUCUCACUGCCUUGCCUUGAGGCAUGCCUCGAGGCUCACAUCUCAACCGAGCCUUAAAAUCAUGGCCAUGGUUAGUGCCUUUUUGGUGAUGGAUACGUUUGGAUCAAGGGUCUGAUGACAAGACUUUUGUGAGCAAGUAUAUUUCAAGAUAUUUAAUGCUUUAGUAGAUGGUCGGAUGAUUCAUGUGGAUUUCAGUCAAAGUGUUUGAACAUUGUGAAAUCCCAACUCAAGGUUUGCAUAUUGACGAUAACAAGACGGAUUUUAUAGGUAUGGCAUGAUGGUGGAAAGAAGCGAGGACUGGAGUGACAGAUGAAAUGAAGCAAAAUCUGGUAAGAGAUAUAAAGACUCGAGGGGAGAUGAUGGGUAUAAGGGUAAAAAACAGCCUGAGAUAUGAUAUGAUAUGAUGAUGAUAUGAUAUGAUAUGAUGAUAGCGUAGGGAUGGUAUCAUGGUAAGAAUGGUUAAUUUUGAUUCCAUGAGAGAAGAUGGUAUAUAAAUAGGCCUCUGUUUUUCUUGAAAUAUUUAGUUUUACAAAUGUUUUUCUUGAAAUAUUUCAGUUUUAAUUGCUC